CGAAGAUUCAAGAUGGCGACGAAAUGGUCCAAGUUAUUCCAUUCGGCAAACCUGGCCACAUACGGAACAUUUUUCGUGACCACUUUCAAUCUAGGUAGAUAACUCUCCUUACGCUUCCUUCAUGGAUCCAUUUUAGAAAAAAAUGACACAAAUUGUCAAAUAACCAUCUGUCAAAUGUCAAAAUUAUCGCAAGUGUAAUUCGUGAAAUAUAUAUAAUUUAAUACGAUUUAUUAAUGGCAGCGAUUGACAAAGUUAAAAUUAUUGUGGUAGGCGAUUCAGGUGUUGGUAAAACAUCAUUGACACAUUUAAUAUGCCAACAGCAACCUAUUGGCAAUCCUUCCUGGACUGUAGGUUGUUCAGUGGAAGUAAAACUACACGAAUACAAAGAAGGAACACCCAAUCAGAGAAGAUACUUUAUCGAACUAUGGGAUAUCGGUGGCAGCCAAAAUCACAAAAACACAAGAUCUGUAUUUUAUAAUCCCACAAAUGGCAUAAUAUUAGUACACGAUUUAACAAAUCGUAAAUCACAGCAGAAUCUUCAGAAAUGGCUAGAGGAAGUCUUAAGUAAAGAUGGGACCUCAUUAAAGUCCAAGUCAUUUGAGGACUUUGAUCCUGAGAAAUUUGUAGGCUCAACACAGAUUCCAAUCUUAGUUGUUGGUACAAAGUUUGAUUUAAUCUCAGAAUCCAAUUUUGUAAAACCCAAUGUACACAGACGUUCUGCAACCAUUGCAGAAGAAUGUGGUGCCGAUGAAAUAUUUUUGGACUGUCGCCAGAUAAGAUCUUUAGCAGCAGGCUCCAGUUCAUCUGUGAAACUUAGCAGAUUCUUUGAUAAAGUUAUUGAAAGACGUUACUAUUCCUCCAGAGAAGCAAUUAGUCCUGACAAACGAAGGCCGCCACUCUAUACUUCCUCGCUGUAUCCAAAGUUUUAUCAUAAUGACUAAAUAUGGAAAGAAUAUAAUAUCUCGAGGAAAAUAUUUUUAUUCCAUGUUACAUAGAAUAAUUAGUUCUUGUGACAUGAGAGAUUGUAGGAUUGCCUGGAUUAAGUAUUGCAAGGCUGUUGAUCUCGCACUUCUUAUCCACAUUCCUAAUCUUCCCAUGGAAGCAUUUUGCCAGAUGUGCUGAAAAAUGACUGUGAACAGCAUAGAUAAAAAUAUAUUAGAUUCAUAAUAUUUUUCAUCUAUAUUGUAAAAAUAUCAUGUUAUAUGCACAAUUAUUUUAUAAUGUAACAUAAUAAAUGUAUAUAAUCUAUCCAAUAU